AUGAACGACGAGGUGCUGGCCAUGGGGCUAUCGCUCAUUCGGGAGCUAAGGUGUCUGGGUAACGAGGAGCUGGUCCAGGUGUAUCACUGCGGCCAGGACGAAUUGUCCACCAAGUCGAAAGCUAUUCUGUUCUCAUCGGACAACCGUAUCGAACUGGUCGACGUGUGCUCGGAUUUAGUGGAGAAACAAGUUAUUACCCAAGAAAUGGCCAAUGAAUCCAAAAACUGGUGGAUUAAACCGCUGGCAAUCGAAUGGGAACGCUGUUCUUUUACGACCGUGUGCUACCAGAUUGCACGGAGUUUCUAA